AGUCAGUCCACUGUAACGAGUUCGUGGCUCUCAAUCCGCGCAUUUUCGUGCACCAAUCUCUUUCGCUCCCUUUCUUCCUCAUUUCUAUAUAUAUAUAUAUUUGGCUGUUGUCGGCAUCAUUGCGGACGACUGUACUGCUGCGUUGUUCUCGUUAGUAUCAUCGUUGUUCUUAUCUCUCUGGGUUGACGACUAACCUUGUCGCGCCAACGGCUCGUUCAACUCCCAAGGCAUUGAUAGCAAGUUGGAUUCACUGCGAGCGUUAUAUAUAUAUAGAAAUAUAUAUAUAUAUAUUCGUUUGCACUUCGCACUCCCACACACGCACGGGCUUGUCCAUGACAAUUAGCUGUUGUUUGUCACACACACACACACACACACACGUACACUUUUGAAGGCAUUCUAAAAAACCCCAAGAAAACGUUGCUUCCUCUUUCAUUAUAUAUUUUUAACGUAUUCCUAAAUUACCGUUGUAAGAAGCUUCCACUAUUCUCCUACUGUUGUUAUCCACCUCUUCUUUUCUUUCCCUUUUCCCCGUCUCGUUCGUGUCUUCAUUGCUUUUUCUCGCCGCGUAUCAUUAAAAGACAAUACACAACUCAAAACACACUGUCGCGUUGUGACCGCGUUGAUUUCUCUCUUACGCGCUCUUUUCCAGUCUCGUCCACGUGCAGCGAAGCUCUUCUUUUCUUCUUCUUCCUUUCGGCUCAAACCGCGUUUAUUUCUUUGUUGUUGCCGCAUCCCCGACACCCUUCUCUCCCCUCUCCUUGUGGCUCUCGUUGCGCCGCUGUUGUCAGGGGGAAAGUUAGAACACGCACGCUUAUUUAUUCCUGUUUUUACGUUAUUUUUGAGUGGUACCUUCUGUGGUGCGUUCAUUGCCUCCUCCCUGUCUCGCUCUUACCCGCCUAUCCACACACACACACACACACACGCACGCAACAGCCACCUCUCCUCGCGACCCCGCAAAUGAGCAAGAUACAGAAGUUCCGCGCCGACAUGUCGAGGCGCUUCGACCCGGAGGGCGCGACCUUGACGGCCUACCGCGACUACGAUUUCGAGCGACGCGCCAAUGAUGUGCGCCGCCUGCAGCUGGCCGUAGAGCACUUCGACCACGCCGUGACGCAGGGCAUGGUGGCCAUGAAGGAGAUCGCGAGCGCCUACGAGGCUGUCGGGCAGGCCUUCACGGAGCUGACGCUGACGAACAACAAUCCGGUGCCGGGCCCCGACGGCGCGGAGGAGCCCAACCCGUACCCGACCGAGGCCGAUGUUCAGUUCAUGGCACAGCAGCAGCAGCAGCAGCAACAGCAGAACUCGACCAGCGCACCGGAGUACGCCGGCUCCGUCGCCAGCACGCGCAUGCCGGACGAGGCGAACUCGCAGGUGCGCCGCCUGGCGAAGAUCUUCGCCGAGGAGGCACGCCACAUCAACGAGGGCCAGCCCUUCCAGACCUACAACGCCGGCAUCCACCGCGAUGUGAUCACCCGUCUGCGGCCGGUCACGGAGCACUUGAAGGGCGUGGACGGCUACCGGCGAGAGCGCACCGAGGCACUGGCGAAGUACAACCGCUAUAAGGCGGACGUGGAAAAGGUGGAGAAGCAGUACACCAAGAAAGGCAAGCCCUUCUGCGACAGCAAGUCCCACAAGAAGUUCGCCGAAAAGCGCGACAAGGCGUGGCAGGAGUACAUCAAGCGCCGUGACAAGUUCAACGACACCUUCAGCAUGCUGAUGGAGGUGAACGACCACGCCGCGGCGCAGAUCAUCCACCGCUACCUCGUGCUGAACCACGAGUAUCUGCAGCAGCUUGUCGGAUCGAUGGACCGCGUGCUGCCGGCUAUGGCGGAGGUCUACCCCCUCAACAGCGAGUACAACAGCAUUCAGAACUCGCUGCUGUUGGAGGCGGUCGCCAAUGCGAAGGCGCCGUUUGCCGAUCACGCGAAGGAGCUACAGGAGAAGAACGCGGCGGCAGCGGCAGCGGCGCAGAACGGCGCGGCGGGCAGCCCGCGCAGCGCCGUCUCGGAGAAGGACGACGACAUGCCAGACAGCAGCCUGACCCCGCUCAGCUCCGACGGGGCGAAGAACACCGCCUCGACGUCGCGGCUGGAGGAGCCGGGCGGCUACGAGACUCGCGUGGAGCCGACCACGGUGUUGGAGUCCGCCGAGCCGCCGCACGAGCCGGAGGACGACGUCCACAACGCCGGGGAGACGGAGGAGGACCACGGCCACAUCGAGACACAGCCGCAGCGUCUGCAGACGCAGGGGGAGGGGAUGCCGCCGAAGGAUCAGGAGGCCCGCCCGCCCGGCACGGUGGAGGGGACACCGAAUGGGAGGGCGUGA